AUUGCUAAUUUGCAUAAGUAAGGUAGAGCAGUGUUUUAUACAGUUAUUAAUCAAUUUUAACAAGUAUAUAAAGUGAAAAACAUUAAAUAAUAAUCGAUAUUUUAAUCAUAUUCUUAAAUUUUAUGUGAGUUUGUAUUGAAAAAUCGUCUAUUUUACGAAUGGAAAAAGCAACGGAAAUUUACACUGGCAAAACCCUCCACCCCCAUUCUUGAACUGAUCGUCAAGCAGUCAGCUGAUUAUCGGUUAUAGACUGCAUUUCGCUGGUUUUCACCCUCCUAACUGUACGGUUUUGGUAGGAACUCAAAAUCAGUUCAUUUGGAUCAUCUUGGCAGUCCAUUUGUUCGAUAUACACAUCUAAAUCGAAAGUAUUUGGUGAGAAAACGGUCGAAAUAAGGAAAAUAUUUUUCAGUUUCUUUGUCGGCAAAAUUUUUCUAAGAAAUUACUUAGUCGAGUUACGAUAUUAUGGCUUUAUAUUCGAACAAAAACCUAAAUUGCUACGAUUCCGAUGGACUUCCAGCUUUAAAAAGAAUCAAGUGGUCCUUAAAGACCUUUUUCUCUCCUAGUCAAUCCGAUUCAGGGAUGAAUAUUUUCGAGCAGUGCCUACCCACGGGCACAAAAUAUUCAACAUUAUCGGAUGAAUUACAAAUGGGGUACGAUUUUUAUAAAGUCAGCUUUAGAGACGGGUUAGACAAAGCGCAUUGUGAUCUUGUAGAAAAUCGUGUCCGAAUGGCAGUGAGAGGCGAAGAAAAGAAACAUAUAAAAAAAUUACAAGUUAGAAAAGGAGAAUUGUCUCGUGCAGUUGCCGAUAUAGUUCGUCUCUCUGAACACGAGCCUUAUGGUUUACGGGGUUGUACCCUUCGCAUUUUCGUUCAACGUUCCGAUAGAUCUGUGUUAUCAUUUGGUGCUAUUCAAUUUGACGACGAUACUGUUUCAACUUUUGAGCUGCAUUUAAUGUUGUUCGAACAAUCGAAGUGGCAAGGUAUUUCGAACGCCAUCCGUCCGUUUGUUAACAUUGUUCGCUCAAAACCGUUGCCAGAAAAUGUUUUUAUAGCUUCUGGUUUUACUCUUGUUCGUCAUAAACUGUAUGGACAGUUUUGA